GUCGCACUGUCGGCUGUCUUCGUGGCCCUGGACGCAGCAGGAGAUGAACACCAUACCCCAGUUGCCGUGCUUAGAGCAGUCAAUGGCCUGAUCACCGCUGUUCUUUCCAUCACCAAAGGUCAGGGGUUGCCAGCAGGUUUCUACCAGCAUGCCAGCGGGCUGAGAAAGGUGAUUAUGGAGAUUGAGAGACUGGAGAGAACAAUCGAGUCU